UGUUCACUUGGCUUGUAGACUCCGAGGUAGGGCUUCCUAUUAUUGUCUCUCUCUGAGGGCUAGUGCGAAAGACUGGCCUCUUUACAUUACGGCUAGGAUUUGAGGAUGAGGCUUGGGCAGCCAUGACUGGAGCACGAGCUUCGUGCAUGACUAACUGAAGGGGUUCCACCACCCUGAUAAUGAGUUUUUAAUCUUUGCCAAGCUCAUUGAGGGAAUGGACGUACAUGAACGUGUUACCAGAGUGACUAAGCAGUUCAUCCAUGCUUCCUGCACUCGACUCCUAGACCUUUGGUACAAGACCUGAUGACUUCCAGCUUAUUUGAUACCAGUGCAUGUUUGACAGCUACAGUAUAAGGACAUGUUUAUGUACUGUGCAAGACUCCUCACUGUGGCAUUUAAUCAAGGGAUAUGGACCAGAUUUCGGACUGAUGGGAUGGAAUUUUAUCUGAAAACUGCGUUGGAUGCCUGUUGAAUUAUUCAGUUGUUCCUGGAAGGGAUUUGUGAAGAGUAGGGAGCGGAGCCACUGCAAUGAGAGUUUGAAUACCAUUUAGUGUCAUAUGUUUCACAGAAAUCCUGACCCAUGGGAUUUGAAAGAGGGAACUUUUGUUUGGUUUCUUUUAUAGGACUAUUCCCUCCAGUGAAGCCACAAUCUUGUCUAUAGUUGUCUGAAUUGCCCACUAGAGAGUAGAAAAGAAAGAAAAAUAUUUCUUUGUAGUUGGCUGUAAGGACUCUCAGACUCAGACAGUCAUGACAGCCAUGAAUAAAUGUGGUUAACUGAAGAGGGUCAUGGCUGCUUUAUACUAGGUACCCACACUGUGGCAAACGAGCUUCAUCAAGGUUUUUUGCCAUUGUGAAUUGCGCUUAGAAUUAUCAAAGAACUUAAUCUGUACCUGAUUCUGACCUUCAGAAACAAGCCACGGACAAAUUACUUUUUUUGUGAAUUCUGUAAGAGCUUCAGACACUUAUCAGUAGUCCUGUGAUGUAUGUAUGUAUUCAGUGGCAACAGCAACAUAAACAAAACACUGACUAUUUAUUUGAUGCUGUAGAAGCACCCCAUGCCUGGUCCUGCGUUGAUUUUUUCCACUGGAAACUUGCUGCGAUACAGAUAAAUGCAACGAUUGCGGCUUUUUAUAUUGGCUUCUCAUUUGUUGCCAAGCAGACAGAGACCUGUGAACUUUGUCCCUGUGCGAGCAGGGAGAUGCUGACUAGCCCGAUUUACCUAUGAAUGGAGCAAAAGCCUGACAGGAAUGCCUGCAUCGGACAAGGGUAAAGAAGAGGUCAUUCAAGUGAUCACCAGCGAGCUGGUGGCUCUGAAGGAAUCCAAUACCCGCCACAGUAAGCCGGUCAAGACCAGCAGCACGCAAACAAAUGAAGUUCGAGUCAAGUUUGAAUACCAAGGCGAAAGGAGGAUAUUGCAAGUUCCUCGACCCCUGAACUACAAUGACCUCUUGACUAAAGCCAGGAUGGCCUACGGGGUUCCCGUAGACAUGCACUACACCACAAAUGAUGUCAACUCAAACAUUGUUGUCCCUAUCAAGAGCCAAACCAACCUCAAUCAGGCUGUGGCGUUGAUGGACCACAACCCCAACGCCAAGAGCCUCCGCGUCUACUUAACGCCAAUUCAAACGGGUACCAGCAGCACAGCACUCACUGUUACCACAGGGGCACCACACCGGGCCUUUUCGUCGCCAGAGAUUGUGUCGUCAGGGUCAGUCACCUAUCACGAGAGAGGAGAGCUCUACGAUACAGCUAUCCGCAGUGACACUGCCCACAAGCCCACAACAUUACGCUCCCAGUCCAUUCCCCAGGCGCCAGUGCACAAGGUGCAGAACCAAACCAAGCGACAUUCCACACCUAUCGAGAUGCCUGCCCGCGACACACCUUCCCCACCCCCAGGCCACAUACCCACAGAUUCCAUGCAGAACAUCAUUCGAGACUCAACCUGUGGGGAGGGGCGGUUCAUCCCAGAACCAGAAUCAGAGCAACAAGAUCAUGUGAUUAUCAGCAGUCCUAAUGGCAGCCACCAGUCACUAGAUAAGCCUUACUAUGGUGGAAGCCAAUCCUUAGGCAGUACAAGUGGUAGAAUGUUCAGAGCACAAAGCACAACAAGCUAUGACGAAUUUUCAGGUUCACAGUAUCCGGAGAGGUCUGGCAAGGGUGGGACGUUUCCAACAAGGUACAGCAUGAGGAGCUCACAGACAGACAUCGAUGAUGGUCGUAAAACAUUCCCCAGCCGGUCCCGGCGGCCCCAGCUCAGCCCCAGCCUGAUGAACCCGGACGAGCGGGACUAUAGCCCCCAUGGCAGCGAGCACUCGCUCAGCAAGAGCAGCAGUAGCAGCGGCAUUGGGGCUGAUUUUGACACGCUGGACAGCCGGCGGCGACGGGACAGCGAGCUAGAGCACUCCAUCAAGUCACUGCAAGAGAUGGGCUUCAAGGAAGGCACCAAAUGUGAGACCAUGAUGUCACCUCGGGCGCCGGUCAACUGGCGUAAAGGCAAGAUCCUGGGUCAGGGGGCAUUCGGGGUCGUUUACCUCUGCUAUGAUGCCGACACAGGCAGGGAGUUGGCUGUGAAGCAGGUCCCACUGGACAAUUCCAACACAGAAGCUAGAAAGGAAGUGAAAGCACUGAAAUCAGAGAUUGAGCUUUUGAGAAACCUUCACCAUGAAAGAAUAGUGCAGUACUUUGGGUGCUCAGAGGUUAAGGACGUUCUUUCCAUCUUUAUGGAGCUGAUGCCAGGGGGCUCAGUGAAGGACGAGCUGAGAAGUUACGGUGCACUGACGGAGAACGUUACAAGAAAAUACACACGGCAAAUCCUGGAAGGGGUUGCCUAUCUUCACACUAGUCAUAUUGUACAUAGAGAUAUCAAAGGUGCAAAUAUUCUGAGAGCGGGAUCAGGGAAUGUCAAGCUAGCCGACUUUGGCGCAUCACGGCGGUUACAAACAAUUGCGAGUUAUGUGACGGGAAUCAAGUCAGUGACGGGGACACCCUAUUGGAUGAGCCCAGAGGUCAUCAAUGGGGUCGGGUACGGCAGGAAAGCUGAUGUCUGGAGUGUUGGCUGCACAGUAGUAGAGAUGCUGACGACCAAACCCCCUUGGGCAGACUACGAGGCAAUGGCGGCCAUCUUCAAAAUCGCCACACAACCCACAAUCCCCCAGCUGCCGAGCACGGUGUCGGACGUUGCAAGAGACUUCCUAAACCUCAUGUUGAUCCGAGAUGCACAGCAAAGGCCCUGGGCCAGUGACCUGCUCAGGCACGAAUUUGUGAACAGUUACUCCAUCGAUUGACAUUGUUCAAGGAGGAAAUGUAGCAUCCGUUGCAAGGAGACUUUUUAAAUGUAGACUUCAGUAGGCAUUUCAUUUUUGAAGAACAUUUUUUUUUCUAUCCACUGAGAUGUGGUCGUUAUUGAAUUUGAUGCAACAAUGUGUAUUCACAUGCCUACAUUAGUUUGUCUUUUUAUACAGCAAGAAACAAAACAUGAUAAACACAUUCCUUGACUGAAAUGCCAGCAAAGUGAGAAGGAUUUGCUUCAAAUUGUUUCCAAGGCUCAAAGCAAAAGGACUUUGGAAGUAUGUGGAGCGAUACUUGUUUAUGGACAGUUACCUUUGAGAGCUGCACUGCAACAAGUUUGUUAGCUGGUAGCCAAACAAUACUGUUAUCUCAUAUUGUAUUGUAUGAAAGGUACCCAGCAGGUUCUGUGGAGUUGGAGUGUCGUCCAAGUGUAACUUCGAAUGAAAACAGCUAAGGGUUUCUGUCUCCCAAAAUUUGGAUGCAUUGCACCGGUACCCAUGGGCAUUCCUUUAUGCACUACAGGUUAUAAAGCACCAGUUUGGAUGUUGGUAACCUCCUUGGAGUCCACAAGUUUCAAUGCUAUACAAGCAACAAUACCAUCACUGGUAUCCCGCAGACUCUUCUUGGAUUCCCGUACAACUGUUUCUAUGCACCAUUGCAGUGGAAUUCUUGGAGAAGAGAAUUUUCAUUUUCUCUCUGUGUCAUUUUGAGGAAAAUACUGCUAUAAAUUUCUCUAACUGAAGAUGGCAACAGUUGUCUAAGAGACAGGUGGAUCUCGGCAUCAGAAAACCCUUUGGGUUGAAAUAUCUUUAUCUAAAUCCCCAAAUAAUUUUUUUUUAACAAAGAUGAUCAUGUCCUAUCGUAUGAGGUUGUACAGUUACCAUUGUCUCUUUUUGUAUAUAAAAUAUUGAAUGAAAAUAAUAUCACCACUACUGUUAAAACUUUGUAACUGUGGUGACAAAUUAUGUACGUUCCAUUUUGGAAAUACCAGAAAGAAUAUUUUGUUGUACAUAUUUGCGAUUGUGACAGACAAAUAUUACAUGUUCCUGUACAUAAAACACAUCCGGAACUGUCACAACGAAGUUUUGACAAAUUGUAAUUAUAAUAUAACAUAUAUACAAAUUUCUAGCGCAGACAAUUAAUCUGUAUAUUGAUUAUUAUUUACAGAAGUUACAAAUGUUACCAUACUGUUUCUUACAAGAAGUGCCUCUUUUUCAGGUCUCAAAUGCGGUGGGUCAAUGUAUAACAGUGCUUGGUCUUUUUGAGAUGUAAAAGAUUUGUACAGUAAUGAAAGUGGUUCCACUGCAGAAAUGUAAUAUAUAUUUUUCGUUGAUGUAUCAUUGGUUGAGAAUGGUUCAUAUAUUUACAUCAUUUCGCCUGAUAGAUCGCACAUUGGAAACCAACAUAACUAUGUAAAGAAGUUUGAUGAUUCAACAAAUGUUGAGAUCAUGGGAGGAUAGCAUUACAAAGGCAAGUUUUCUUGGCAGUUUCUUGAUGCUGUAGAGAAAUUUGCAGAGCACUGUCAUGUACAACUUUCUAGAUGCAAUCAUGUGGCACUUAAAUACUGCUUUGGACCAAGAGGUUGCAAGCACCUGUUCAUGUGUGCGAAUCUCAGCACAAUUAAUAUUCCUUUCUCAUGCAAAAAGGUAAAAACAAACCAGAUAGCGUACACGGGUCACUGCUUUGUCACAUAAAUAAGCAGUACCUUACACCUGCACCUCUUCUAGUUUUUCACCAGAAGAAUAAGAAGUUCAUGGUGAUAUUAUUACCCUGGAUUGACAGGUUUAUAGUCAUUUCUGGAUUCACUUUAUUGCUCAUUGCUUCAGUGAGCCACAUUUAUGCAACAGACUGUAAUCAGUAGUACGUAAAAUGGGCUCUCAUGGGUAAUGCUUCGCUCCUAGAAGGGGAAAUGGAAAGUCUAGUGAAGUGUCUGAGUCAAUCCAGCGUAAGCUUUAAUAUAAGUCAUUUCAAACCAAAUCAAAAGCUAGGAAAUUGUUCUGUAAAUGUUGCUCUGCAUUCCAAAAUGGUCUUAUGUCCAAAGUGGCCUUACAUGCAGUCGGCUGUAAUAGCAAACCUACUGAUACAUUUGCAUACAUUUGUUGAUCAAAAGCAAAGCUAGUUCAGAGUGCUCAUAAGACUGCCCUUGUAAGAUGGGCUUAUUACAAGCAAAAUAUGUAGAUUAUAUUCCAUUUCAAUUAAGUUUGAGGAGGCCCUGCUUUACUAUAAAGCUGAGUCCAAUGACAACUUAGCCAAAGAAGCGAGCUUGAGUACUGAGCAAUAUCAAAUUGUACAUUUGGACAUGUGGAAGUGAACAGUCUCUUUCACUUUUUUUUCCUCCACUUUUUCAACAUGUUUUUUUUUUUGCAUUCUCAAUUAUAAUGAAUAACUCAUAUGUACGGCUGGUUAAAACAUACCAAGGUCUGUUCUAUUUUGGAAGAAUAAAAUCUGUGGAACACACAGAUCAGGAGCAUAAACAUGCAUAACUUACAAAUUAAAGUAUGUCCCCAUCAAAUCUAUGGCUGGUCUUACAUAUACAUGUAAAUUUCUAGACACGUUUUCGUAGGUAAUUGCUACACUGCAAAUAAAUGAAUUGUGUCGACGGCUUUGUCAUUUGUAGGGGAUGUAUAAAAGAUUUAAGUAUUACUUUCCAAUUCUUGUCCAUUUCCCAUUUUUUGUAGGACCUUCCAAAGUGCUUUCCUUGCAUUCUAGGCAUUCCCAAGGCAUGGAAAGGCUGGAUAAUUUUGAAAGUUUGUGCAAGUGUUUGCCCUUUUCUGUGUGACUGAAUAAAAAAUAUCAAUUGCCCACCCAAGGAUCACCCUAUUGAAUGUUCAAAUCUUUUAAUGAUAAUCGAGAAUAUUUCCCUGUAGAAAUUAAAUUUUACUAUGCAAACAUGCAAUUUACAAUAAGCCUUCCAUCAAGUGUAAGUGCUGUCACAAAAAAAAGGACCAUGACAUCUGGAUGUCAUUUUUAGUAGUAUUGGUAUUAUUUUUUUCUUUCUUUUGGGGGAUUACCCUAUGAUUCCAAUUUAAAUUUCCUCCGGUAUCAGACCAGGAAUAGUUUAGGCUGCAUAUGAAUCUCUUGUAGUUACUGGUACAUGCAAGUCUUUGACAAACUUGGGCAGAUGUUUGCAGUAAAAUGCAGCCGAAGCUCUGGACGGCUGUUUCAUGGACGAUCUUAUUUUUAGAUAUCAUGUCAAAUGGUGUGCGUAACUUUUCGGGGUUUAAGCCGGGUAAAUUUGAAUGUUGUCCUUUUUAAAGUACUUAAAUAACUACUUUGAAGGUUUGCACAGUUAAAUAUCAAAUUAGUUUGCAAUAUAAGUCGUGUAUCUCUUCUGUAAGUUGUGUGGGGCUCACUGAAGAGUGAAGUUAGCUAUCUGGUUAGCCAGCUUUUCCUACCACAGGCAACACCAAGAAGAGAUACGUUGUCUUGUAGCAAACCUAUCACACUCUAAAAAUGUGUAAAUUAGAGAAAGACAAAUUGGGAAGAAAACAAAUUAUGCACACUACUCUGGUGAACAGGUCUUGAAAAAUGUGAAAGUGAAUAUACAUUGUAAUUUGAGAAUGGCCGUCGUGUGCCAAACUGCUGUUGAAAUCUUGUAUUUGUAUAGAAAGAGAUUUUAAAGAAACUAGUUUUUGCCUUUGUACAACUUCACACAGUCAUGCAGAUUUUAUAUUCUGUGCCAUCUUCAACAACCAUGUACAUGUAUUUGCUCAUUAUUUUAUAUACAUAUAUAAAAACAAAAAUGAAACGAGAGAAAAAAAAUAAAAAGAUGAAAUAAAUUGUA